AUGCAGGCGUCCUCGACCAAGUCGAGAGCGGAGACAUGUCAGGGGAAGCGGCGCUGGCAGCCAUCGAGGCGCUGGCCUGGGCCGCUGAGGAUGCUCCCGCAGAAAGGUGCCGAAGGCGCUGUGAUGGUGGGCGCGGCGGUGGUGGCGGUUCGCUCCAGCGGAUGUCAGGUGGCGCCUCCCAACCUGCUGCGCCUGGCCCGUUGGGAGCUGGCGCAGUGCAACCUGCGCAAGGCCUCCUGGUGCCUCGAUGCCUCCAUGCGUCUUCGCCAGGCGCCGGACAGCGAGCUGUACAGCGAGCUGAUCGUGGGACUGGCGAAGCGGGGCCUGGUGCGGGAGGCGAAGGCAUGGAUGGACGAGGCCGAAGCGCUUGACAUCUCGCUGAGUGCCAGUGCCUACGCCGCAGUGACACCGCAGCGUGUGCGCCGCGACGCUGGGCCUCGGGACGUCUUGGCAGGUCAGCACUGGUGGGGCCGCGUCCGAUGGAUGCGGCAAGAAGGCCUUUGGCAAGGCUGCCCUUCCUGGGCCUGGGCCUUGCGGUGGCUGCAGAAUGCUUGGCAGUCGCGAUUGCCCCCAGAUGAGAAAGCCUACGAGGAGGUGCUACGAGAGAUCCGAGUGCAGAACCCUGAGUCGGCCGCGAGGCUCUUGCAGAGUGCUGCCAAGAUGAACCUCAAGCCCCAGGCAUCUGUCUUUCGCAGCGUCAUCAUGAGCUGCUGUGUGCUGGGCUUGCUGCACACGGCCGCUGGCCUUGUGGACAUCAUGGUCUCUUCCGGCUACACUCCCAGCAGCGACAUCUACAGGGCGAUUUGUGAGAACCAGGCCAAGCGGAACGGCGACCUGGAGCCCUGGCUCGCCAAGCUCGAGGACAGUGAGAAGGAGCUGACGCCUUUUGUCUUGAUGUCAUGCAAUCGUGCCAUGGAGGGCAACGCGGCAGCUGCGCAGGCCUGGCUGCAGCGCGCCUGCGCUGCUCGCCUGGAGCUGGACGUGCAGUGCUACAGCAAGGUGCUGGCCGCACACCUGCGGCCUUCGGCCGAGCAGGCGAACACCGACUGGUCUCUCCCUAUCUCGCGGGCAGAGGGCGCCCAGAGGUGCCUGGAGGAAAUGAUCACCCAGGCGCUGGAGCCAGAUGCAGGCUGCUACAGAUCCAGCAUCAAGCUGAUGGAGACCAUGCUGGAUCGCCGUCUUCACGAUGCACAGUGCUUCAACGCCGUGCUUUGCGGUCUUAUGCACCAGCACGAGCCUGAUCUGGCAGCUCACUGGCUUCAGAGGAUGUUGGACACAGAGGCAGUGGCCGAUGAGGUGAGCUUCAACGCAGUUGUCUCUGCGUACAUCUCCGAGGGCAAGAUGUCGCAGGCCGGGUAUUGGUUGAAGAAGAUGGUGACCAUGCGAUUGGUGCCCGAAAGGACCAAGUUCAACGAGGUGAUCCGACACCACGCCAAGCUGGGGCAGGUGAAGGAGGCCUUCUUUUGGCACUCGCUGAUGAAGGCCUCCCCUCCUUCUCUCCCGGAUCUGGUCUCCUAUCAGCACCUGCUCGACGCGGCCGCCGCCGCGCAACAUGAGGAGGCUGUGGCUGGGGUGCUGCAAGAGAUGCGCACCCUGCGAUUGGCGCCUGACGUCAUCACCUACACCAACCUUAUCCACAGCUCCGCCCGUCAUGGCGAUGACACGGCGAAGAGGUGGCUGCAAAGCAUGGUGGAGGACUCUGUUCAGCCGAGUCUGGUGACCUCCAACGUGGUCCUCUCCUCCCUUGUGAGGCAAAGUGAGUGCCAGCGUGCGGAGCAGUGGCUUGGUCGGUUUCAGGAGAGCUUCCUGCAGCCCGAUGUCGCCUCUUACACCAUGCUGAUGAAGGGCUAUGCGCGCCAUGGCGUGGCAGAGAAGGUGCUGCAUUUGCUUGAACAGAUGCUCCAUGCUCGUGUGGAGCCAGACUGGGAGACCUGGAAAGUCUGUUCAGAGGCACGGCGCAUGCCGCGAUGUCGCGAGCGGAAAGCAUCUCGGACGUCGGCGCUUCUGCUUGCUGUAUUCACGCAUCAUAGCUUCGGAUUGGAGGAUAAGUUCUUUGUGGGCAGCGGCUGA